AUGCCUCGUCGACCAUUACAGGACCUACCUGCAGGUGCGUGCCACUGCAUGCUGCCCAUAUGUGUUUGGUUGGUGCUUCCAGUAAUCGAACGUGAAAGCCGAUUAUUCUUGCAGGAGCUGUAUGCGGUCGGGGCAAGGAAGUUCAGCGUCGUCAGCCCGUCGCUGGUAGGGUGCUGCCCGUCGCAGAGGGCGGUCGCGCUGACACAUAACAAUGACACCGACGAGUUCAACUGCUUCGGCGCGGCGAACAGGCUCUCCAGGCAGCUGUACCCAUUGAUAGACUCGAUGCUGCAGGGCCUCAACGCUGAUCUGGACGGCAUGAACUACUCCCUCUGCGACUCCGUAGGGAUGGCCGAAAUGGUCUUCGCCAGCGGCGGAAAAGCCGUCAACAUGACGGUGGUGGACACGGCGUGCUGCGCCGGCAGAGGACGGUUCGGGGAGGGCCAGUGCAACACCUCCGCCACGCUCUGUCCGAACCGCGACGACUUCAUGUUCUGGGACGGCUUCCAUCCGACGGAGGCGGCAUCGCUCGCGGCCGCGCUCGAGCUCUUCGGCGACACCGGCAAAUACCUCCACCCGAUGAACGUGAGGCAGCUGGCGGCGCUGUAA